AUGAACACAUAUGAUCAUAAUUACUGCAACAAAAUGCUCAGCCAUUUCAAAAAGCAACCAAUGUGCAAGCCAUUCUUGAAUCCUGUCGAUCCAGUUGCCGAUUCUUGCCCAACAUAUUACUCAAUUAUCAAACAUCCAAUGGAUUUUUCAACAAUGAAAAAGAAAUUAGCUCAAAAUCAAUACGAAACAGUCGAUGCCUUUAUAGAUGAUAUUAGACUGGUUGCUAAAAAUGCAAAAAUGUUUAACGGAGAUUCUAGUAUUAUUGGAAUGUCAGCGGAUGACAUGAUUGCUGAAGUCGACAAAAUGCUUGCUGAGAAGUGUACAUGCCCAGAAGAAGAAUGGUACUUUAGUGUUCAAGAUGGUUCAGAUAAAUUAAGCGCUCAUAUCUUGAACGCACCAGCUUCAGUAUCUUUCAUACCAGAACUAACAUUACCAGACAAUUUUGAUGAGGAAUUACUUGAUGAAGAGCAUAAAGCAAAAAUAAACGAAAUUAUCGAAAAAUUUGUUGGAGUUAAAAUUGCAACAGCAUGGAAGUUUUUGGAUCGAACAAACAGAUCUGCUAUCUUGGAUAUACUUAAAGAUGUCACUUUCCCAGAAAAAGAGAAAGUAGAAGAAGAAAAGAAGGAAGAAGAACAAAAAGAAGAAGAGAAGAAAGAAGAGGAACCAAAAGAAGAAGAAAAGAAAGAAGAGCCAAAGGAGGAGGAGAAGAAAGAAGAGGAAAAAAAGGAAGAAGAACAAAAAGAAGAAAAGAAAGAUGAAGAUAAAAAAGAAGAAGAGAAGAAAGAAGAAUAG